AAUCGGGCUUUUUGUAUCACAGGGAUACACCUUGUACUUCAAAAGAUUUCCGACGAUAUAGAUUUAACAAAAACGAGUUUCAUUACUUGAAUGUGCCGCUCGUUGGAACAGUGACAGUGUAUGAUGUAUUUGACUGCAAGUUUGACUGUCUCAGCAAUCCGUUGUGUUUUUCUGUAAACCUGGCCGCCUCUAAAGGAGCUCACGGAAAACUUUGGUGCGAGUUAUUGUCAUCUGAUAAAUACAGAAACUCCACAGAGUAUAAAGGGAAUAAAAGUUCGCAUCAUUUCGCCAUAGAGUCACCAUGUUCUUCAUCUCCUUGCCAACAUGAAUCUACUUGUUUGACAAACUACAAAGACGGCUCGUUUAAGUGUCUCUGUGCAAAAGGCUACACAGGCGAAUAUUGUGACAAAGGUAUCAGGUCUUGCAAAGAAGUGUACAAUUUAUACAAGUCAAGUGCCAGUCAACUGGUAACAUUAGUCCUUGAGUCCAAACCGACCACAGUUCUCUGUCAGAUGGGGGAUUUUGGAUGCGGAGAUGGAGCAUGGACGCCGGUCAUGAAAAUUGACGGCAACAAGGCAACGUUUCGGUACGACUCUAGCUACUGGAGUGACAAAAAUGAAUACAAUGCUCUUGGAGGAAGGACUGGGUUCGAUUCAGAAGAGACCAAGUUACCGACCUAUUGGAACACACCUUUCUCCAAGAUCUGUCUCGGUAUGAAGAUAAGUGGACAACUCAGGUUUAUUGUCUUUAACAAGCAAGCAAACUCUCUUCACUCACUGACUGCUGACGGAACCUACCGCGCUACUUCAUUGGGUCGAAACGAGUGGAAGAAGUUGAUUGGCGCGGAGGGCUCUUUGCAAUUGAACUGUAACAAGGAGGGCUUCAAUGUUGUGGGUACCUCAAGCAGUCAUUCCAAAGUAAGAAUCGGUUAUAUCGCUAACCAGGAAAGCGACUGUCACUCUUGUGAUUCCAGAAUUGGGUUUGGUGGUGGAGGAGGUCCCGAUAACUCCAAUGCAUGUGGAAACACAGCAGCAGCUUCCCCAGAUAAUGGUGACAGAUACAUCAAAGCUAUGGGAUAUAUUGUAGUGCAGUAAACACUGUGAAUGCCUGGUUUUCUUUCAGUUAGCAGGCUCUCUAGGAAUCAGGGAUUUAGGAAUUAAGGUGUGCAGAGGGCACCUUACGAUUUUUUUUUGUCCCCCUCCCUAAAUGCUAAAAAUCGUAGCUGUAGCCUAGCUUACUAUGAAUGGGAUAGACUCUUUGAUGUUAGGUCUGCUCUUGGCGGCGUCUAGCCGAAAGUAAUUUCGUAAAAAAAGACGCUUUAAACGGCCCACGAAGGCGAAAAAUUCUACAAUGCAAUACCAUUCACCUCUUAUGAGAUAUUCAGACCGAGGAAUGAUUUAUAUAUGCAAUUUUUAGAGCUUUAUUCAUAAACCUCAUAGAUUGUUCGUCUUUUGUCAAGAAUUAUUAACCACGAACGCUUAGUGUGGUCUGCUAUUGAUUUGCUAAGAAUAAGGCGCGUGCUUCUUGUCAGAACGUAGUAAAACCAACCUGAUGGAAUCCCGCGAAUGAGUUUCGACACAUUUGAAAACCACUCAAAACAACAACAGAAAACAAGAGAAUGGCGGACUUAAACCCUUUUACACCCUAGCAUCAGUAUGCAUAUUCUCCAUGCUAUUCUCUACACUUUUCCUGAGAUGCUGACAAAGAGAAUUUGUUGAACAAUCAAGAGCUCAUAAUUUCCUUUAUUCUCCUGACCUUAAUGCUGGAU